CUGUGUGGUUCCGACUGUGCACCAUCGGAAGAGGAGAACUUUAAAGCACGCACACACACCAAGCGUGUGGGAAGAAAGAGGGGAAGAGUGGGAAACGGCAGGCGCGAUGACAGACGGCGGACAAGGUCCUUCAUCGGCUACGAUUCAAGCGGCUUUGGACCAGCUCUCGUCGCUGGACCGCCUGAUCGACGGGCUCAACGACCAGGGCGCACCGCUCUUUGCGCACGCGCCCGCCUCUUCUACGGCACAGCAGGCCGUCGCGGGCGGCAACGGCAAUGGCAGCGGCAGCACAAGUAUAAGCGGCGAUGGUCUCCUCGAUGCUGUGCCCUCGAUCCUGUCGCCUCUGCUGCAGCUCAAGGCCAACCGGUCGGCGCUGCAGACGGCCGCGGCCCUGACGCGACAGGCACCGCUCUUCCGGCCGCGCAACUUCCAGGCCAUCUCGGAAGAGAUUCUUCGCCGGCUUGGCAACGAUGAGAAUCCGGCCGCGCAAGCGGCAAGGCUCGCGCAGCAAGUGCUCAAGCAGCAGGACGCAAAGGAACGAAAGGAAAAGCAGACAAGGAGGAUCCUGGAGGGGCGAGCUGCGCGAAAGAGGCAACGUCUUCUCGAACAGCAGCAGCAACAACAACAACAGCCCCUCACUUCCAUUGAACAGACAGACGGCCCAUCGACUGGAGCAGCACCGGACACGCUCAGCUUUCCAAGUGCGCUGUUGUCCGGCGCCGAACCAGACACAGCAGCAGCGGCAGCCGCCCCAAGCGAGGACGCACUUGAGGCGUUUCUCGCAGCCUGGAGAGCCGACCUGCUCAAGCGAGAUCCCGAAUCAGCAUCCAAGGUCGUUGCUCAGCUUUCACGCUUCUCUGCAGACGAGGCAUCGAUCCUGGUCGACAUUGACUGCGUCGGACGAGCACAUGUGCACAUCGUGCUAACCGACGACAUGGCCCACGAAGGCAAGGCCGCCUGGGCCGCCCGCGUCGAGUCACUCACCAUCCGUGCCGCAUCAGAGUCGCACGACGAAUGGGCCACCUCGAGGUUUCCCCUCUAUCGCAAGCUCUCCUCCAUCAUCCAGGCGCGCGCCUACACGUCCAGGUCAGAUGCGCCGCCGCCGCGCGGACACGAGGCCUUGACGCAGACGCUCUUCUGUCUCGCUGCCCUGCGUACGCUGCACGAGGCCCCGCCGCCGCUCCUCGUCAACGUGCCUGCGGGCUCGGCCGAGGGCGGAGAGGUCAUCGUCAGCGCCCUCAGGCCGGCCGAUGCGAUUAUGUGGCCGGUCCGAUGGGCCUACUGCGAGAGACGUCCUGCGCAGCCAGCGCUGGACGCGGCAACUGCGACGAUGAUGAUGAUGGCGUCCAAUGCUGCGGGGACCGAGGCACACGAGGAGGCGAAGGAGGCGUUUGCGUCGGCCGAAGACGCACCCGAGAGCGCAAUGAGCGAGCUCUUCAGCGUCGCCGAGGGAGAAGACGGACCGGCAGAUUCAUCCAAGGGGCAAGCGACGGAAGUCGAAGCCGUGGGAGAAGGGGAAAAGAGCGACCCGGAGAAGGAAGAGGAGCCGAAGGGGCUCUGGAGGGCGUACCACAACAUCUGCGCAUCCGGUCAGUAGGGAGACUGUGUUGAACAAGCAGAAACCAUUGUAUUUCUAUGCACAAGAUGUGAAUGGCGAUGAAAGAUCUGU